GCAAGCAGACAGGGCCGCCGGGGGGGGUGACGCGUGGGCAAACGCUGACGAAGUUCAGUGCGACGUAGACAACGACGACAGCGUGCGCCGAACAUGGGCGGGAGGGGCGGCAGGGGAAGCACUUCGACUAGAGCGGUGCGCAGGCGGACGAGAUCGACGAUGACCUCUGCAGACGCGGAAGGCGAGGGUGAUGGGGAAGGAGGGCGGAAUUUGUGGUCCGUGGAACACAUGGUGGCCCUAAUCAGGGCGAAGCGGGAUCAGGACACCCAGCUGCAAGCGUCGGGACACAACUUCGCUCGGAUGCGGACAAGGGAGUGGAAAUCGAUGGACGUCCAGGAGAGGUUGCUGAAGGUCGGUGUCGACAAGCCGGCAGACAAAUGCGGGAAAAAAUGGGACAAUCUCAUGCAGCACUUCAAGAAGGUCCACGCUUUCAUGGGCAUGUCGGGGAAGGAGGACUUCUUCCAGCUGACGAGUCAGCAGAGGGCAAAGAAAGGAUUCAACUUCAACAUGGAUCGAGCCGUCUUCGAGGAGAUCAAAGGGGCGAGGGAGAGGAGCCACACUAUCAGUCCAACCAAUGUUGCAGACACUGGCGGGGCAGGGGGUGUGCAACUCCCAUCUGCACAGUCGGCGACUCCGGAAUCUGUGGGGGAUGGUGAAGCCGCCGGUGAUGGAAACGACGAAGACGACAGCUCAGCACGAGGUGGCUCACAGACGAGUGGUGGCCCGGCCAGGUUCGGGAAGAGGAAGAAUGUGUGGCAGCAGACAUUCGAGGCGUUGUCAGAGUGCAUGGACAAGCAUGGGGCGUUGAUGGCGUCGACGAUGGAGAGCGCCAGCAGGAGACAGUGCGAAACGAUGGAGAGCGCGAGCAAGAGGCAAUGCUUUAUCCAGAUUCGGCAGUGCGAAGCUAUCAAAGCGGAGGUGGAGAUCCAGAAACAACACUGUUCUGCCUCCACUGAAGUUAGCAAGCUUAUGUGUCAGGCGCUGCUGGAAAUAGCGACGGCUAUACGAGAACGGUAGACACGUGCGACCGCCGGAGAUCAUUGGUCGGCUGUAGCCGUCACAUCAUUGUGAAUCCGCUGUCGUCAACCGCAGUCG